UUCCACAUUGCUUAUGCCUGCAUAUGCUUUCAAGAUUAACAGCUGCUCAGUUGCGGUGCCUUUUUAGUGAUCAUAUCAUGCUCCCUCCAUCAUUUUUUCUCAGAUGAUAAGAAUAAUUGCAGGAGUCCUGGUCUCAUUAGCUCUCUCAUCUGGGAUGACUAUCGACCGAAGGGGGUUCCUAGUACCUCCACCCCCUGGCUCUCCUGAUAGCCCCAUUCCUCCUGAUGACUACUUUGAGGACUCUGAUACACAUAACAACCACAUACCUAUGUAUGCCUAUGAUAAUUAUCCUUUAGCAAAAGGAGGCAAUCCCAUAGCCAGAGGAGGUCAGAUGAUGCAAUACAAUGACUCAUUAAAUGGAUACCCUUUACCCAUGCUACCAAUCCUGCCUGAAAGAUAUCCCAUUCUACCGAAACCUCCGUCUGGGAACACAACUCAAGGAACUCGUACUGUGCCUUCAGGACAAAAACCAAACCUUUCGUACUGUGACAUGCUCCUCGAGGCACCAGUGCCUCCACCUGCAGAUCAAACACCCUGGUUUUGUGUUUGCUCACAUUGUAAAGGGGGUCCCAGUGGUCCAAAGGGGGACAAAGGAGAUAGGGGACUGCCAGGUUAAUAAUUUCAACCAAUUCUCAGACAUCCCCAUUGUGUACGUAUAAUACCACAGUUAUUGCAGAGUAGAUUAUUUAUUUUCUUGUCUUAGAUCUUCCCGGUAGUCCAGGAAUAAAAGGCUUGCCAGAAUUUCAAGGUCGCAGAGGGCUUAAUGGUCAUCAGGGACCAAAGGGUAAAUACAGUGACUUUACUUAUAUUCUAAAGACCCUUUUAACUAACUGUUACUGAUACAAUCUACUUAAUAUAGUCACUUAUCUGCCUCUGAGAGUGAUCUUGGUGACUGAACACAAAACAUACUGGAGUGUUUACAUUUGAUAAGAGGAGCAUUGCCUAUCAUGCUUUCUUUUUUCUUCCGAAAGGCCAAAUGGGUGAUAUUGGUGAAAAAGGAGAUCUGGGUCCAUUUGGCUUUAAAGGACUCAAAGGACAGAGAGGCCCCAAGGGUAAGUUAGUUAAAAUUUUAAUUAUUUUAAUAAAAUUAAAAAAAAAUAAAUAAAUACGAUUACCAACUUACUAUUCUGUGUCAGGUGAUAAAGGGGACAGCGGUGUGGAUGGAAAUCUAGGACAGCAGGGCUCACCUGGUGAGUCAGGACAGUGUCCAGCAAUUUGUUACUCAAUCCAGGGACCUCCAGGAGAACUUGGUCAUCCUGGUAUGACAGGGGGAAGGGGACUUCCAGGGUUGGGAGGAAGUCCAGGGUCGAAGGGCCAGAAAGGGGAUUGGGGGGAUUAUGGUCCACAUGGAGCUCCAGGUUUAAAUGGCCAGAAAGGAGAUCAGGGAGAAAUGGGUGAGUGUCACUGCAAGGAUGGGGUAGACGGUGCAAAUGGAAUGAUCGGAAUUCCAGGACUAAAUGGUAGUAAAGGGGACAUUGGCCAGCAAGGUGCAACAGGGGUAAAUGGAGACCAGGGGCAAAAAGGGGAUCCUGGGGUAAUGGGUGCUCCUGGCCCUUGCUCUCUACCAAUUCAGUCUGCUUUUUUAGCGGCACUAAGCAGCAGUUAUCCACAGCCAAAUUUGCCUAUUCCUUUCACUAAUGUUUUUUACAACAGAGAAUUUAAUUUUGACCCCUUUAGAGGCAUCUACAGGGCUUCCAUCAAUGGUACCUAUGUCAUUAACUACCACUUGGCUGUCUUCAGUAAACUGCUCAAAGUGGGGCUCUUCCACAACUUCAAACCUAUCGUCAAAAGUACAGGGUCAAUAGAUCUUGGAACAACUUCUCAACAGGUGGUCCUGCAUCUUACAAUGGGUGAUGAAGUUUGGCUACAGGUGAGAGAUAUCGAUUCCAAUGGUAUGUAUUCCAAUAGUGAGUGCAGCAGUACCUUCUCUGGUUUCCUGCUCUACCCAGACAACUGUGAUAUGCCAAUGUCACGUAAUUUACCAGAUCCUAUAAGCGGAAUAUACAGCUGGGGUAAACUAGAGGAACCUACUACCACUCGUGCCCCAGAUGUCCACCCUUGAUGUGACCUAAGCCCAAACACCUCCCUAGCAUAUUUGGUAAAUUCUAAGUAAAUUGAACACAGUAGGAGUAAUAAUAAUAAAUAUUUGGACAGUCAAAUAUUUAGUCCUUAAGUAAAGCUUUUGAAAGGUAAGCUUCUUAAAGUAAUGCACAUAUCAUGUUAUAUUAAAUGGAUACUACAUUUGUGCAGUAUCGGUGAACAUUAAAAUUCUAUUCAAAUAUGUGUGUUAUGGGGGGUAUUGCCUGUGCUACCUCACGUUUUCAACAUAUCAUUACAGAAAAAAAAAAAAACGUAUUUCCUUUUGUACAAGUGUCUCCUGUUCACCUGCUCAUGCAAUGCUAAUACUGUUGAAUUAUGUCUGCUGAAAUGACAGCAAAACAUAUGCAAAUUUUGUAAGCAUGCAUUAACAGAUGCAUCUUUUUAAUUAACUUUAUACUUAUGAUGUAUAAUUAAAAUUAAUUAAAACUAUAAGUUAUGAUUUUGUUUACAUAAUGCAUGAGAGAGAGAGGAUUAAAGCCCAAUGCUCAAUGAACUUUAUCUGAAAGAUAGAGAGUAACAAACAAAUGUUCGAGAUGAGCUGCUCAGCUGCAGUUGAUUGAAGCUAAUAGAAGCUUAAUGUGGUCAAUAUGGGUAUGAAGAGUCAUUGUAAACAACAGUAAGCAAGCUAACUGCUGUUACAAUAAGAUAUUAACAGAUUAAUCCUUGGAUCAUUGUGCAUAGAGAAAAUAGAUAUUUGUGAUUUUAUUUAGAACAGCCAAUUGACAAUCAACUUUAUCUGAGAAACAAUGAUAUUACAUAUCGUUAUUGAGAUUAAUAUAAAAAA